UCUGUGCUUGGAAGUAAACAAACAUCAAGUAACGCCCGGACGUGCUGCUUUCACCUCGUCCCGAGUGCUGUCUGUGCUCCUUAUUUUUAUACUGUAAUCCCUGCUAAGUUUAUAGCCAAGGAAAGGUGCAGCAUUCAGUGUUGUAGAGGCACCCAAUAUUGUUACAGCAAGUCCACCUUGGCUAUAUAUCUCCGUUUAUCAGUGUGGAAAGUGACUGACAAAAGUGAGAACGAAAACUGAAUCCAGUAGGUGUUUGUGCGAGCCUGAUUUUGUGAGCAUUGUAAGAUAACAGCACUAGAAAAGUGUCCCACACUGGAAUGACAGAAAAUGGGUAAGGUUAAAGACCUUUUAUCAGCAUGAAGACAACAUAAGGAUAGCAACAAGAUAAGGAAAGACAAGGCAACAAAGAAGGCUUCACACUGAGACAUCGCUGCGGGGAAUUAAGGAAGCGCAGACGUGGAAGCAGAGUAGAGUGGAAACAAGUGGAGUAGUGGACGCGGGAUGUGGUGGUGGAGGCCAGUUCCGGUGUCUGUUCUGGUGGCGGUGCUGCUCGUUCUGAUCGUUAUCUCAUGGGGUCCUUCCCUUUUCUUUUAUGAGAACUGGGUCGCUUCUAUUAUCUCUCUGACCCGCAUCACCUCCGCAGUAGACACUGAUGUUCAUCCCUCAGACGCACACCCUCACGCCUUGACCACUCAUUCCCACCCCAUAAACGCUCCUUCCCACACCACAACUAUCACUGCUACAGACGCUGGCCACAGAAAUAAUCAAUCAAACACUGAAGACAUUCCCACUAAUAGCACCAACUCUCAGGCGUAUGACAGCCCCAACACUACCACCACCACCUCGUGUGACGACACUCCAGCAGGAGCCCCGAGCGAUGCAGCCUCCGACGAGGAAUGCGCGGAGCAGUACCAGGAGGAGGGGCCAAUGCGACGCGUGGUGCUGUGGACGCCCUUCUGGCACUCCUGGGAUGGCUGGAAAGGCAUGAUCCGCGACCAUGGAGCUCUGAGGAAGGGUCGCUGCGCCAUCUGGAGGUGUGAGUUCCUGUGGGGCUCUAAUGUGACCACGGACCAGGUCGAGGAAGCUGAUGCCUUGAUAUUCUUCAGCCUGGACGUACUGAUGCGUCCCUUGCCUCCCCGCCACCCUCACACUCUCUGGAUCUGGCUGGAGCUGGAGGCGCCAAUCAUCAGCCAACAGGCAACACCCCUGUGGAACCAACUGGAGAGCAUGGGUGUGUUCUUCAACCUUACAAUGUCUUACCACCACCGCAACCCCAUCACAGCCCUGGCCGGAGAGCUCAUUCCCUUCUCCACUCCCCGGCAUUGCCCAGUCUCUUCGACCUUCUACCUCGACACCUCUUCCCCGACCUACACUUCUUACAGCCACCACAUGCAUAAGUUUCGUCACUGGCUGCGAGAGGAAGGAGUGACGGUUGAUGGGAGGCUGCGAGAUGAGCGAGACAGACGACAUGGCGGUUUGAUUCACCAGCCUGAUGACAACACCACGCUGACAGAGCCGCUGCCAGAAGACUACGGCGAGGAAUGCCAAAGUAAUGAAACCUUUUGAUGAAAGACAAUGACUUUACGAUGACUGCUGAAGAGAUUGCGUUAGCAACACGACCGAGAGUGGCUGCGUGGGUGGCAAGCCACUGCAACACUGACUCUCGGCGGGAGGACCUGGUGGCGGCACUGCAGGGCUUCAUGGCAGUCACUACGGUGGGCAAAUGUGGUGAGUUGAAGUGCGGUAAGAAUCACAUGGAUGACUAUUGUUUUAGGUGGCUGGCAGCCUCACACCUUUUUUACUUGUCUUUCGAAAACGCCUUGUGCGAUGACUAUCACACCGAGAAGUUAUGGAUCCCACUGAAGCACGGUAUGGUGCCUGUAGUGUAUGGCGGGCCAAGUUACCGCCACACUCUGCCCUUCAAUUCUUAUAUUGACGUGCUUAAGUUCCCCAGCGCCGCUGCCCUCGCCAGCCACCUCCUGUAUCUAGCCACUCACCCUGCCGCAUACCUGCGACACCUGCAGUGGCGGCGGUACUGGCGGGUGCGCAGGAAGUUGCCUUGGUGUGACCUGUGCGCCACCCUCCACCGCCAAACUCGCACCGUGCACACCACCCUGACUCAGUGGUGGAACAACACCUCCACCUGCUAUGAGCCUCCCCCCUGGAAACAAUACUGACUUCUACCCUCAAACAUGCCCUUCAAUUUGUAAAAGGGUCUUAUAAAAGAUCGAAGGAGAAAACGUGUCGUACACCAAGAUAUAUCGCGUGGAUUUGGUAGAUGAAGGCUACUGGAAGCUCAAACAUUUUCUAUUUUAACGAAUCAAUACUAACUAAAUAUUCAGAUUUUUCAGUCAAAAUUUUUCACUCGCAUCGAUCUUCAUUUCGUUCAGUUUUUCGCAGUUACUUUAAAUCACUUGAACAUAUACUGUACCAUAUUUGAUGCGAUCAUCGUGUAAAACACAGACAAUACCCAACUAAUAUUCAUUCGGCACAGUUAAUGACGAGGUGUAUAAUAAAGGAGGGAAUUCUAGCCAGAGAGGGAAUAGUAUCCUGUGUUACUCUUCCCGGGAUGGAAAAAUAAUCGAUGGAAUGGGGGCUGUGAGUAGAGGUCAGAAAUGAGACUGGGACACCGGAACCGAACCGUGUUAAGUUACAUGGUCGGUCUUCAUCGGUAAUACUAAUUCGGUGCACGUCUUUACCACACUUCCUUGAGAGUUCACGUUUGAUCCUUUCCAGCUAAAGUACUGAAAAACUAGGAAGUUUGGUAACAUCACGUUUACAAAUAAACUUGAGAUAAAGUUGCAGGUGAGCUUGAAAAGACGUUUGGGUAAAGUAGAGUUUUUUGGGUUUUGGAUAGAGUAUGGUAUGUAGAAUGGAGUGGAAUGGAUCAUCUGUGCUGGGUUUGUGAGGCCAAUCUUCUGUAUUGUCUGUGAUAUUACUGAAUAGAUGUGUAUGAGUGGUUGCGUGAUAGUAUAGUGAAAUGUUUCAUGGUGUUUGCUCAGAAUAGGUGUAUUAGGUGUAUUUUGCACCCGUGUGUUUAAUGUGGAGAGUAUAUAUAUCCUAUUUGGGUGAGCUACCGCAUUAUAUUGUCAGAGGAAACUGUUGUACGUAUUUUUGUAUUUUUUAAUGUGCAAAGUGUGAAAAUUCUACUUGUCUUGUUGAGGUGCGUUUUUUAAUAUAUAAAUAUGUACAAGUUACCUUUUCUUGCUUGGUAUGGACUUUCAUUUUUCACCGAACUCGUGGGAAAUUUCAUAUAAUACCCUUGUUCAGUUCUUGAAGGCCUAUGAAAAAGACGAAGUGCAGAGUGGUAUCAGCAUAGGAGUCGGUAGGACGAAAAAGUUUGGCUGAAAAGGUCAUUGAUAGGAAGAGAGUGGGUGACAGGACAGAAGCCUAAGGGACACCACUGUUAAUAAUCUUAAGAAAAGAGCAGUGACAAUGCACCAAAGCAGCAGCAAUAGAACGGGCAGAAACAAAACAAAAUGAAGCUGCAGAGAAAAGGAUGAAAGCUCUAAAAAACUCGCUUGAACAUGUAGAACAGAAACGGUAGAUAGCAAUAAAUAAAUAAUACGUGUCACCCCCUACAUCCAUGAUUACUCUAAAAAUCUCUCUGUCACUUGCACCAAAGCUACGGCACUUUACUGAAAAGUUAGCAGGAUAUAUAAAUGGAAAUCGUUUUCCCUGAUGACCAACAGAGAUAAAAAACAAAAGAAGAAAGGCGUAGAAAUAUGUAGAGGGUUUAAUUUAAGAAAGCAGAAUUAUAGAAAAAAUAAACAAAUAUAUCUCAUUUAGGAACAUUUAGUUAAUCAUUGAAAUUCAGGAACAAAGGCAAAAGAAAGUAAUACAAAGAGCAGAGUAAACUUUAUUUUAUCUCUAUUUUUUCUGUCUAUCUAUUUACUUGCUUAUUCAUUAUAUAUAUUUCACUACAUGGUAUUUUCACUAAGCGCUACACUGACAAUGGUGAAAUGCAAUGAUAUCGGCAAAAAAAUAGCGUGAGGUGCUCUGACUGAGAUAACGUUUAGUGUGGCAAAUUUAAAAAUCUUAUGAUCAGGCUGGAAGAAAUAUACGGGACCUGCUGGAUGGUGGGAGUGUGUAUCCCAAGAGUAGAGAUUACUAAAGUUGACAUUUUCGGCAUUGUAUACAUUUAAGUUUAAACCGACAUUCUACUUUGAUCACACAGGAACCUAACGUGAUUAAAUUCUGCUUUAGCUUUCCGAAAAUUAUGACCCGCCCUGAACCAAAAGCUCACGAAAUUCCAUCAUAUAUUCAGUUCUUCAGUCAUUACUUACAACUUGCAACUUCCUACCAGCUGGGAAGCCGCUCUGUCACUCGUUCCUUGUGUUUUUACCAAGAUACUGGACGUGUAUUGAUCUGGAACAUUGCAUGGCUUUCGCUGGAAUCUUAGUUCUAACUUGCUAUUACUUUUCUUCUAUUUAUUAUUUAUGAAACUAAAUGUUAAAUCCUUGUGUGAUGAUGAAUUACGAGACCAUUACAUUAUUUUUUCAGGAAUUAUAGUUAUAUAUUGCUAUUGCUUUUGUUUUCCUUGGUAUUUAUAAAGAUGUCAAAUUAAUGAGUGAUGAGUUAUAAACGCAAAAGUUAUAAAAACUAAAGCAUUUACUCUUUUACGCCAUCGAAUGAACAAUCACUAUAUACGAGUAUUGAAACUAACAACGUCAUGGGUACAGUUAACGUUUGUUCAAAUGGAGUGCCAAAUAAACUAGUAACACUGUAAAACGAAUGAGAAGUGACUGUAUAUCCAUCUUACAAAAACUGUAAUUUCAUUGUGACGAGAGACAGGUGUGACGGGGAUAGCGAAGGAAUUCAUGGAUUCAGAAAAAAAAAAAAGAUAAAUGCGUU